UGGCUUUGCUCUGCCCACUUCAUACUGCCUGGGUAGGACAAGGGGCUGGGACACAGCAGGAUCCCCACGGGAUGCACCUGGCCACCAGGACAGCAUGACCCUAGCACACUGUGGCCCCUCUCUAUGAGAGCAGGGUUUCCUGUGGGAUUUCUGCUCCCUCCCAUUUCCGGAUGGGGUGGAAACACUGCUUGGCCCCGCUCGGCGCGGGUGUCCCUUUGUCCUGCCUGCAGCUCUGUCCCAGCACUAGGGCUCACUGCAGAGAUCUGCAACCUGCACUGACCCGUCCCCGUCAUCCUUCACUUCCCACUUCCAUUCCUUCCUCUCCUCUGUCAAGGCACAGAGGCAAUCCCAAAACCCAGUCACCCUGGCUCCAUUCCCCCUGCCUACCAGUGAAACCCCUCCCUACGUUUUGGGGACCUCAGCCCUCACGGACCCUCAAGAGGGUUGGCUUGUUUAGAGGCUUUGGACUUCAAAACCAACAAUAUGAAUUUUAGCCCCAUCCAUCAGCUGGGCACAGGGAUCAAAGUCAUCCCAGCCCAAACAUGCAUGGAACCGAGGGGCACCGGUGAGAAAUGCCGGAUUGCCCCCAGUAACAAAGUCCCAUCGCACCAGCCCUGUUCUUAUCCCCAUAAUCUCCAUUUCGGCCCCAAAUUCCCUCUAACUCCGCACCAAUGAGGCACACACUGACAUCUGGGGGGUUUUGCACGGCGCCGGGAUCGGGGCAAGGAAAAGGAAUUCGUGCCGGCGGUGGGAACCGGCCUCACAUUCCUGCCGGCCGCGAAGGGAGGGCCGGAGGAGGGCUGGGACGGGAAGGAGGAGGGUCCGCCACCGCCCGCGCCCCACGUCCCGGCUCAGAGCCAGGCACGGGAGCGCCCGCAGAGCUUCUCUCCCCAUCCCGGAGCUGAGACGCUGGCUGAGCCGAUGACAGCGGUGGGCAGGAGGUUUCCCACCCUGGGACAGGGCAGCCACCAUGAUGGCCUGGAGUCCGGCAGCGAAUACGUGAAGUUCUCCAAGGAGAAAUACAUCCUUGACUCGUCACCGGAGAAACUUCACAAGGAGCUGGAAGAGGAGCUGAAGCUGAGCAGCACCGACCUGCGCAGCCACGCGUGGUACCACGGCCGCAUCCCGCGGGAGGUCUCAGAGAGUCUCGUGCAGAGGAACGGCGACUUCCUCAUCCGCGACUCGCUCACCAGUUUGGGUGACUACGUGCUGACGUGCCGCUGGCGCAACGAGCCCCUGCACUUCAAGAUCAACAAGGUGACGGUGAAGUCCAGCGACAGCCGGAGCCGCGUGCAGUACCUCUUUGAGCAGGAGAGCUUUGACAACGUGCCCGCCCUCGUCCGCUUCUACGUGGGCAAUCGCAAGGCCAUCUCCGAACAGAGCGGUGCCAUCGUCUACUGCCCCAUCAACCGCACCUUCCCCCUGCGCUACCUGGAGGCCAGCUAUGGGCUCGCCAACGGCAAGCACGGGGGGUCCCACAGCCCGGCCUCCCAGAAGGGAGGGCACAUCAAGAGGAGGAGCAUCACCAUGACAGACGGGCUGACGGCCGAUAAGAUCACCAGGGCCGAAGGGUGCUCCACCAGCGUGUCCCUGCCACACCACAGGGACAUCAUCCGCAACUGUGCUGUCAGCGUGGACCAGAUCCAGGACCUGCACUCCCCAAUGUCACCCAUCUCAGAGAACCCCACCUCACCUGCAUACAGCACAGUGACACGGCUAAAGCCUCAUACCUGCCAAGCAGCUGGGAUCACCCCGGCCUCCCCGGUCAUCAGAAGGUCCAGUGAGCCCCAGCUCUGCCCGAGUAGCAGCAACAAACCUCUGCCAGACCCUGCGCACAGCACCCACUCCACGCCAUGCCACGGCUACGCCCGCGCCUCCCCCUCUCCCUCUGUGAACAGCUACAGUGACCCCGACACGGGGCACUACUGCCAGCUGCACCCCACCUCACCCGUCAGCAGAGAGCGGCCGGCUCACGACACCAAGCAGCUGCCGGCAAAGAGCUACGUGGAAAGGCUAAAGGUGGAGGAAGGGCAGAGAGGGACUGUGGAGAACGGCUCUGGGGAAGCGGAGGCAGGGCAGAGGCUGAAAGGAGAGCGGGACUUUGCGGGCUUUGUGCCCCCCACGGUGGAGACGUGCUCCUCCUUCAACCCGGCAGCAUUCCAGUCCCUGCUCAUCCCCCUGGAGAACAAGCCCCUGGAGAUGGCUGUGCUCAAGAAGGUGAAAGAGCUGCUGGCGGAUGUGGAUGCGAAGACACUCGCCAAACACAUCACCAAAGUGGACUGUCUGGUUGCUCGGAUAUUGGGUGUAACUGCAGAGAUGCAGCGGCUCAUGGGGGUGAGCUCCGGCAUGGAGCUGCUCACCCUGCCCCAUGGCCACCAGCUUCGGCUCGACCUGCUGGAACGGUUCCACACCAUGUCCAUCAUGAUCGCCGUGGACAUUCUGGGCUGCACGGGCAGCACAGAGGAGCGGGCAGCCCUGCUCCACAAAACCAUCCAGCUGGCUGCCGAGCUGAAGAGCACCAUGGGCAACAUGUUCAGUUUUGCGGCUGUGAUGAACGCCCUGGAAAUGGCACAGAUCGCACGGCUGGAGCAGACCUGGAUGGUGUUGCGGCAGCGGCACACAGAGGGUGCCAUCCUCUAUGAGAAGAAGCUGAAGCCAUUCCUGAAGAGCCUGAAUGAAGGGAAAGAAGGGCCACCGCUGACCAACACCACCUUUCCCCACGUCAUGCCCCUGGUGACUCUUCUGGAGCGGGACGACGCGCUGAUGGACAGCCCUGAGCCCUGGGAGGCCACGGACAAUGGCGUGGAGGUGGUCAUGGCCCACCUGGAAGCUGCACGGAUGGUGGCCCACCACGGCGGUCUGUACCACACCAACGCCGAGGUGAAGCUGCAGGGUUUCCAGGGCAGAGCGGAACUGCUGGAGAUCUUCAGCACCGAGUUCCAGCUGCGGCUGCUCUGGGGCAGCCGUGGUGCUGAGAGCAGCCAGGCUGAACGCUACGAGAAGUUCGACAAGGUCCUUACUGCCCUGUCCCACAAGCUGGAGCCGGCAGUGCGCUUCAGCGAGCUGUAACCCCCCCCCAGCAAUGGAAAGCCUCUCCAUGAGGGACACAGUGGCAAUGUGGGGACAAGGAGGAGGAACAGCAGCCACUUCCAAUCCGCCACUCACCUCCCUGGCACUGCCACUCCAAGGGAUGGGGACAGCGUCCAUCACCCAGCCCUGCCGCAGUCCAUGGCUGCAUGGUGCCCCUCUCCUCCUCUUUCAGGUUCCUUCCCUUCCCAUCUCCCUCUCGCCCAUGGCUGCUGGGUCCCACUUGUAAAUAUGUUUCCACGGUCAUUUCUGGAUGUACAGAUUCGCGGACAGUUCCUGGUGUAAAUACUUAGGCUCAUGCAUUUUGUCCUGUAAAUACAUGUACAUAGCUCACGGCCUUGGUUCUUACAUACAAUAAACUUUUACGCUCUCUCUGGAGGCACUCCUCCA